AACACAUAUUACAUAAUGAAUAUGAUUGCCAAAGAGAAUUUAACAAGAAAAUUUAUUUUAUUUAAAAAUUUCCAGUAUUUAUAUUUGCUUUUACUAACGCUGCCAUUGCUGACACGCUCAUAUCCAACAGAGGCCGAGGAGAAGACAAUUUCACUGGAUGAUGUAACGGUGGACAGUGAUUUGGCGGCCAGUGAUAAAGAUUCACAGCUACAGAAACGUUCAGGGGGUGGUAGUGCAGAUUAUGCGCUACAUUUAAAACAAGGUUUCUUAUCUAGUCUGGGUCAUGCCUCUGCUUCUAUAGCGUCGGGCAGCUCGGGCGGUAGUAGUGGUGGAGGUUAUGGCUAUAAAUCAUAUGGCGGAGAUGGUCAUCAUGGCAAUUCUGUGGAGUAUAAUCCUUGGUCUUUAAAGAAAACCGUACUCAAUACCAUAUUCCAAGCCGUUAAGGCUAUAACGGGAGGCGUUACUGCCCUUAAGGGUCAAUUGAUUAAGGGCAGUGGUUAUGCUUUAAGUGCCAGUGGUCAAGUUGUGGCUGCUUCGGGUGAUAAAGUUACCGAUGUUGGCAAAUACAUUAUUAACUCAGCUCAGAGUAAACUACAACCUAUACCCAGUGGCGGCGGCGGUGGUCAUCCCUUUGGCAAGUUUGCUUCCUUGUCUGGAGCUUCUUCGGGUGGCAGCAGUAGUAGUGGCGGUGUUAAACAUCCCUCGGGUCCAGUUGUUCAUACAGAAAGCAUAACAUCAUACGAAAUACCAAGUGGUCACUCUAGCUAUGGUCCACCAUCAAAGCCGCCAACAUUUAGCAGUGCCACACAUCAGUAUUUGCCACCAUCCGGUUCAGGUGGUUAUACUGGUGGUGGUGCCGGUUACGGUGGUGGACAUGUAGCAUUCGAAGCGCCAUCUAGCAAUUAUUUACCAACAGCCUAUGGACCAGAUGGUUACUAUUACCAAUAAAACAGUUAAAUACCAUUUUUCUCAACUAUAAUUUUAUGCAGAAAUCUUUUAUUUAAACCUACUACUCUCUCUACUCUCUAAAUUUCCUAUUAGAAAUUUCAAAAUUGAGUUUAGAUAUUCGAUAACAUUACGAUUAAUCUGGCAUAUUGUGGUUUGUGGAUACGAUGCUGGUU